GUCACCAUCCUCUGCGACAAGUACAGCGGCCACCCCAAGGGGUUCGCCUACAUCGAGUUCUCCGACAAGGAGUCGGUGCGGACGUCGAUGGCGCUUGACGAGUCUCUCUUCCGCGGGCGGCAAAUUAAGGUGAUCCCCAAACGAACCAACCGACCCGGCAUCAGCACGACGGACCGGGGUUUUCCCCGCACCCGUUACCGGGGCCGCGGCGGCGGUUACAGCGCGACCCGUGCCCGCUUCUACAGCGGCUACAGUCGGCCUCGCGGGCGUGCCUACAG